ACUCUACUUAAAUAGUGGUCACAACACUACAAGGAUUCUCUUAGCUAUCUUUUACGAUCAGUCACGAAGCUUCUGUGUUUUUGUUAAAGGGGACUAUAUGCCACCCGUUUUGUCAUUUCCCAGAUCUUCCUUGGCAAAUGCUGUGACGGGAACCAAUUCCUUCAGUUUUCAUGAGAAUCUUCUGUAUGUUGCCAUACAUUGGGAUGAACCUAUUGAAAUACACACAUAUAAUUCUCUUCAUGUUGCUUUCACUGUAGCAGGGGCUGAGGCAGCGGUGAUUCAAAGACUGGCUUUUUUUUUUUUUUUUUACAGAUUGGGUGGGACCAAAGCUAACCAGCAGAAAACCCAAACAGGUUCAGCAAUCUUUGGGGGCUUGCUGCCACCCCAUUCAUUCACUGGUUUGAGAGUGCUGAUUCUCGAAAUAAGUGAUCCAUUACACUUCCGAAGGUACAAGCUUGCCUCCUCAUUUUCAGGUGACAGAUUGACAAGUUUGGCCAAUACUCUUAUCAAUGCCCAACAGAUUGGUGAACUUCAGCAUGCCCUCAAAAUACCAGUUGAUACCCUAAGGGUGAUGGUUUCUGCCACUUCCGUUCCAGCAGAGGGAAGUUCUAGUUCAGAAACGGAAGCAGCCAAACUUCAGGAAGUUGCCUUUCUCUAUGUCAGGCCUUAUAACAUCUCUGCCCGGAUCCAGCCCCCUAAUGGGGUGACAGAAAGCCUCCUUCCCAGGCAACCUCAGGUCAUCUUCUUGGAUAAGCAGGUGAAUGUGAAAAUGUAG